UCAAAGCCCAUUAGAUACAAAACUAAUAAUGAUACAAAGAUUCGCCGAGUCAACGGUUGACAUCUGCAUACCAAACAUGGUUCAAACUUCAAAUCGUGGUACGUCUUUCAACUUAAAAAAGUUUGGAGUUGUUCACCAUCUUUCCACAAACCCUUUCUCGAUGCCUCUUCUCUUCUUCUCACGUCGUUUUCUCAUUUUCUCCACCGUUAUCCCCUUCCUAGCAUCCAUCGCUCUUUACCGGCUCGACACAUUCGACCCAUCUCCACUUCCCGCCGAUUCACUCGUCUACUCUACUACUUCCAUCCCUCCCCUUGUCAACGACAAACUUCUCACCGGCGCUGAGUUUAUCGGCGUCGGUCUUCUCAACAAGCCCGAGGAUAUCGCCUACGAUAGAGACUCAGGUCUUAUCUAUACUGGCUGUGUCGAUGGAUGGGUGAAACGAGUGAAGGCUCUUGAUUAAGCUAAUGACUCCGUCGUAGAGGACUGGGUCAAUACUGGCGGUAGACCACUUGGCCUCGCUUUUGGACUACAUGGAGAAGUCAUCGUCGCAGACGCAUACAAGGGGCUGUUGAACAUAAGCAAUGGCGGAAAGAAGACGGAGUUGUUGACGGAUGAAGCGGAAGGAGUGAGAUUUAAUCUCACCGAUGCAGUCGCCGUUGGAGAUAACGGCGUUUUGUAUUUCACAGAUGCUUCUUACAAGUACGGCUACAGUCAAUCAAGCUUUGACUUUUUGGAAGGCAAACCGCAUGGUCGACUCAUGAGCUUUGACCCGACAACAAGAACAACUCGUGUCCUUUUAAAAAAUCUUUACUUCGCUAAUGGCGUGUCUAUGUCUCCCGACCAAACUCAUCUGAUCUUUUGCGAAACUCCCAUAAGAAGAUGCAGCAAGUAUUACAUCAAUGAGGAGCGUGUGGAGGUAUUUAUUCAAAGCUUACCCGGUUAUCCGGAUAAUAUUCGGUACGAUGGAGAUGGACAUUACUGGAUCGCACUGCCGUAUACUGAUGGAGUAACAACGUUGCGGAAACUGUCGAUGAGGUAUCCACUCUUGAGGAAAGUCAUAGCCAUGGCGGCUAAGUGGGGCUUCAAUCUUAUGUUUGCGGAGGAUGCUGGCGUUUUACAGGUGGAUUUGGAUGGGAAGCCCAUUGCAUUAUACCAUGAUCGUAAAAUUACUCAUUUAACUACAGGAGUCAAGAUUGGGGAUUAUCUCUAUUGUGGGAGUCUCUUGCAUUCACGCAUACUCCGACUCCAUCUCCUAAAGUAUCCGGCACAGAAGAGCAUUUGAAACGUCAAUGCAAAAUAAACAAACUUUGUAUACAUCACUUUAGCUGUCACAUUUUUAAAAAAACUUACGGAGUCCUGAUAAUGUUAUGAUCAAGAUAUAAUGGCGUCUUUCUCUUUCUGAAUAAUAAACAUCAAGUUUAUGCAAAA